UCCCAGAAAUAUGCACCGUCUGCUAGCUUCUGCGGUGUUGUUGACAUCGGUUCACCUUUAGCAGCGAGGGACAUUCGAAAAUGUUGAGAUUGCUAUCGAGUGUGACUUCUUCAGGCCGGAAUGCUAGUCGGUUGCUAGCGGCUCGGCCCCAAAUUCCGGCCACUCGUGUGGGGACGCGGGCACUAUCGCGCGCUAUGUUACGCACCCUCGACCAAAGCGCACAGUAUCCGACGUCGAUUGCGCCACAAGUCCGUCUCGAGCGGCUGUUCCGCACGAGUCGUGCACUAUUCAACGAGCUGGAAACGAUUAAGUGCCCGCAGCUAUCCGAAUCUUUAUCUGAAGGUGAUAUCCGAUUGAUGAAAGCAGUUGGCGAUCAGAUAGCCGUCGAUGAUGUCAUCGCCGAAGUCGAAACUGAUAAGACCUCCAUUCCUAUUCACUCGCCAGUUGCCGGUGUUAUCCAAGAGUUCUGUGUCGAAGAUGGAUCUACCGUAAAACCUGGACAAGUUAUCGUUAAGAUCAAGGUCGGAGCCACCGGAGGCGCGGCGCCUGCGGCCACACCGCAACCCGCAGCUGCUCCUGCUGCGCCCGCACCGACAGCCGCUACUCCUCCCCCAAUCACCACUGUGCCUCCGCCUGUACCGCCGGUGUCAUCAACUCCAAUGUCAAUGGCAAGCACCAAGGAUAUCAAGGCGCCUAUCUUCGAUAUGCCUGCUGCGGCCCCCAGCGCGCGCACUGAGACCCGUGUAAAAAUGAACCGAAUGAGGCUAAGAAUUGCGGAACGCCUGAAGGAUGCCCAGAACACUUAUGCAAUGUUGACGACGUUCAACGAAAUCGAUAUGACCAGCAUUACCGAACUGCGCAAAAAACACAAGGACGCGUUCCAGAAAAAGCACGGUGUUAAGCUCGGUUUCAUGUCGGCUUUUGUCAAGGCAUCAGCAUACGCCCUCAAGGACCAGCCGGUGGUCAAUGCCGUGAUUGACGGGAAUGAGACACUUUACCGUGACUACGUUGACAUUUCUGUGGCCGUUUCGACGCCAAAGGGUCUUGUCGUACCAGUCAUCCGUAACGUAGACGGGAUGAAUUACGCUGAUAUUGAGAAGUCAAUCGCGGCUCUCGGGGAAAAGGCGCGUACGGGUUCGUUGGCAAUUGAAGACAUGGAUGGUGGCACGUUCACCAUCUCGAACGGUGGUGUCUUUGGGUCGAUGUUCGGUACGCCCAUUAUCAAUCCACCUCAGUCAGCAAUUUUGGGCAUGCACGCCAUUCAACAGCGGGCAGUUGUCAUUAACAACGAAAUCAAGAUCAGGCCCAUGAUGUACAUUUGUUUGACGUAUGAUCACCGACUAAUCGAUGGUAGGGAGGCAGUCACUUUCCUUAAGAAGAUUAAGGAUGGCGUUGAAGAUCCGGCCUUUAUGUUCCUUGGUCUUUGAGUGAAUAGAUACCCGUAUAGACAUCGAAAUAGAGAAAAAAUUCAGGGUCAUCAACAAGAUAGAUGACAGCUUCUAAAAGAAAUGUUGUAUCGUUAUAGACGCGCACGUUUUGGUAGUGAUUCAAUACAUACCAAACAGAGAAAUAUCGGGGAAUCUACUAGCUUAAAAGACACUCGAAGGAAUGACUUUAGGUCUUAAUCGAGAAUGGCAUAAGGCCAACGGCAGUAAGAAGACAACAUGAUUCGAGAGUCGAUAUGUCCUUUUCCCAUAGGGGCAACUGUGGGCUAAGUUAGCCAAGUCAAAAUGUUGUAACAAUAUAACAACAGAAACGAAAGAGUCCUAAACAUAAAAAUAACUGCGUUUUAGGUUGGCCAGUCUGUCAUAUUAGGAAAACAACAGGAGAAAGGCUUUUACCUGGAACGCAUGGUACUACGGUGGUUAGUUAGUUAGCCCGAUGAAUUAAUAAAAAAUAAUAAAUUAAAAAUGAUAAAAUAAAAGGAUGAAAAAAUGUCGCUAAUUUGUGAAUGGAUUUUGGAGGAACUUUCUUAAACGUAUAGAGACAAUUUAUGCGACACGAACGAACAAACAAACAUAGACACACUGAUGAUUGCUUUUUUAGUAUUUCAACCCACCAAUGUAUAUAUAAUUGUAGAACACUGCUACAGCUAAUAAAAGAGCCGAUUAAAUUCAUCAUUAUACUCUAAGAUGCCGACCUUUCACAGAAAUAAUUGGAGAGUAUCUUGAAGAAUCACUACCACCGGACAUUGCAGAAUACUAUUUGGCUAUAUGCUUCUGCUGCGUGUGAUUCUAAGUGAGUAAAAUAAUACAAGCUUUAAUAAAAAGAUCAAUUUGUUUUAUAUAGUAAGGUUUACUCUCACUAAAGCACUGUCUAAAGAUGCGUAGUGUUGCCGAUAUAAAUUGUGUCCUGAAUCUUCUAAUAUAUAGGUAGGUGUUACUACCAAUCUUAUAAUUAUCUGCUGCAUUGUUUAAAAUAAACAUUUUUGUUACGAUAGCUUAAAGGUUUUACAUAAUACAUCAGACCAAUACAUUUUAGAGCUCUGCAUCUCUUUAAAUUUCGGUUGUACAGUUCAAAGCAGAACUCACAAUUGCCGGACAACUAUUGUAGGUCUAUCUAUUAUACGUAGAUUCUGUAGUAUCAGUAAAAUCCAAUCUGUAAAAACAUUGUGGAAUGUUGUUGCCGACGGCCCGAAUAAUGAUUAUUCAAUCGGUCAAUUGAAAGCUGCUAUACGAAAUUAUGCAUUGAACUGCAGAUCUUUGCCGGAACGAAAAUACCCGCCUAUGUUUCACUGCAGUAGCCUCUAACGUGCCUAACACGAUAGCCACAUAGAAACGCAAAUAAUAAUUACUAUUACUAGAGUAGUGUAAUAGACAAGUUACGUUUAGUUUUUUCACCACUUCACAACAACAACUUUUGUGGCGCUAAAAUCUAAGUUGUGGGAGGAUAAGAUAUCGAAAUUCACUAUUAGAUUGGAAUUUGUUUCUAGCGAUUGCUUCUACUAAGUAACUGUGAAACUUUACAACUAACCGCUAUCUAAAACCGUUACCCGAGGCGACAAGCAGCAUAAGGUCUCUUUGUUCACAUGCGUCACACGCAGGAAUGACCUUGUGAAGCAGUUCGUUCUCUUGGCUUCGUUAACGAUAUAUAUAUAUAUAAACAGGUUACAACAAACGUCACUAUUGGUCUUGUGGCUAAAGAACUUGUGAUGGACACCUUAAAAAAGAUCAGAUUAAGUAGUUCUGUAAAACAAACGUAAGGCUAUCUAUAGACCGUCUCAGAUAUGGCGUAAAAUGUGCGAUUUUCGCUUCCAUCGGCGUAAAGGAUAACUGCAGACCGUAUCAGUUGACGGCUUUACCACAAAGGAGUGGAAUGGCUAGAUACGAUCGAGUAAACUCUACCGUGGUAUUAUCAUUCAAAAUGUCAUCAAACUCUAGGUAGGCACUUCUAUGUCUUCAUUAAUGGAUAAGCAGAGUAAAAAAGCGCAUUGUUGUUGUCCAAUUGCAUGGACAUCUGCAACACACAGUGCUGGAUAGGAUAUACGACUGCCUGCGACCAAAGUGUAUGACCAUAGCCAUGGAAUCGACGAUUUUCAAUAACGAUGGUGAACCAUGUUAUUGUUCUUAUCAACAGAUGCUACACAAUUGGUAUGAAUAAAAGGACGUUGUUUGCUCAUAUAUUGUCCUACUAAAUGCUUCCUUGAUAUUUACUGAUGAUUAAUUUUUUUUUACAGAAAUCUCACAUGUAGAAUACUUGCAGAUUCAUAUGCAAAAUGGCUCCUACACUUCGAUCUGUGG